CGCAGCGUUUAGGGAUUGUAGUUUAGCUGAUACACUAGAAACAUCAAAAGCCCGUUUGUAUCAACUAAAACGGACUACACGUCCCAAACUGCUCAAUCACGUUGUUAUAGUCAUCGUUUUACGCGAUGGGAGAAAAUGCAUCGGUGCCUCGGAGAUGUUGUUAAAUUCCACGAUAAAUACGGCCAAUAAAAACACAACGUUAAGUGUUAUUAUAGUGUUUUAACACCAUGGACGUACUCGAGACAAUUGUGAUACAAAGUACUGAAGUGGAGGGAAAAGAAACGGUCGUGUCCAGCGUGGACAUCGAUAAAAGCAAAGCAGAAUUGAUAUGGACACUGCAGGCUACAUGGCACCUUGUCAACACCAGACUUGAAAUGGACCAGGCUUUUGAUCAGCCAGUAUGCAAGAAAAAGAAACUAUGGGAAAUAGUGGCAGAGAAAGUGAACGCAAGACUGAGGGAGUCAGAGGUCACCGAUGUCACCGUGAAGGCUUACGAGUGUGACCUCAAGUGGAGAAACAUGCUGGCCACGUACAGGAAGAACGCCGAGAGGGCCAAGAGGCUGAGGGCGGUCAGCGUCCACUGGGAGUUCUUCAAGGCUAUGCACGAGGUCCUGGGUAAGAGCAGGGAGGAGAUCGAAGCCCAGCGGAGGGCCAAGCUCAGUGGGACGAGAGUGGGCAAUGCCAUAGCCAGCAAGAGGUUCACGCCAAUCCUGCCUACACCUCCUGCUACUCCAGCUGCUGCCUGUACUGCCCGGCCUCCACAAGACGUCCUGCAGCUCUACAUGGAGCUGCAAGAGAGGAAGAUGAACAUGUGGGCCCAGCAGAAAGCUCUGGAGGAGAGGAAGAUAGAGGCUAUUAACAACCUGGCUCAGGCCAUCUCCAGCCUGGCUCAGAAGAACAGCACACAGAUGUCAAAGGAUGGACAUUAAACCAGAAGAGACGUUGUUUGCUCUUACCAAAAACUUUUACAAUACUGCACAAGGAAAACUACAACAGCGUAUUAGGGCCAUUUUAGGUAAUAAUAAUAAUAAUAAUAUAAUAAUAAUAAUAAUUACAGAGUAAAUUCAAGAGAAAAACUAAAAUGAAAAAAACUUGAAUAUUCUAAGAGAUAAUAAGUUACAGAUUUCCGGGGAAAAAACUGGGAAAAAUUGUGUUUUGUUAUUUUGUCAAGGAACCACAUCGCUUCACUUUGGCAGGUCGGAUCCGCCUCAGUACAGAAGCUGAUCAUUGCGUUGUAGUUCCUGAUGCACAAAGCUAUCACCUCUUUCAAAUCAGGAUGUUGUUUUCUUCCACAUAGUCCCAAUUCACAGCAAUAUCUCUUCUGGAUGCUUAUAACUUUUUACAGUUUUAAGAAUAUAUUUUUUUUGUAUGAUGGUACAGGCAAAGGACACGCAGGAUAGAGACAGACCCACAAACAGUCUGAACAGCUUUUGUUUCUACUAGAAGCAGAUUACAUGCCUCCUCAAAGUUGUAGAUGUAAUCUUCACUUUAUUUUUUUACAAAAAGAGAAGAGUGAAUUAUGUUUUGGCUGAUGUUGGAGAGUAACAAACUAAAAUAUUACUUAUUAAAUAAGAUUAUAUACAGACAUCUGAUCAUCACUGUACCAGUUAUUGAUAUUAAAUGUCAACCUAUGCAAGAGUAGAACAUGUUUUUUUAUGCCGGCCGCACAAGUGAACAAACUAAUAGAAAUGAUCACAACAUGACUGUUCAAGGGAAGUCGCAGUAAAACUAAAACUGCAACACUCAACAUCUUUCAUGGCUAAAGGUUUUAAUAACAAUAGGAUCAAUAAUUAUAUCCAUGUACAACUCAGUGUGAUUAGUACAGAUAACACUAACAUCAAUACUGCCAAUAACUGUAUUAAAGGGAUAGAGCUGAUUUUUUAAAUUGGGGUCGUAUGACAUACUUAUCCAUAGUCAGUGUAUUACUACUUACAGUGGAAACAGGCGGGAGUACCUGCACUGGAGUAUCAAUGUACAAGUACCUCUUAAAACAUCAGAAACUAUCCUGUAAUGGCAAACCUAUCCGUUAUCUAAUGAGAGACCCAGACAGUACAGGUUAAAAUAAACUUUUAUAUUAUA